UAGUGUGGCUCCUGAGACCGUUAGGGCCGUGGGCUUGAGUAAAUCAGGCGCUCAAAGCGUUUCGACAGAUUCGGGUCGUUUUCACAGCAGAAUUCAGGGAUACAUAGAGUUGCGUCAACAGACAAUCACAAAAUUGGUAUUUACGGGUUUUUAGACUACGCCGAUGGUACUGGCGUUUUUUCUUUGGCUUUCCCUCGUUACUACGAAUCGGCGUCUAAGCGUGUAAGAACUGUUUGGCAUCACCGCUCCCACGUGUCCUCUGCUAUCCAGCGGCCGCGGCGCCCGCCCUGACCCCGACCCUCAGCCCCCAGACUCGGCUGGCAGCGCAACCCCCCAUCCUCGUGCUGGUGCCGGCAGCGAGAGUUCGUGCUCAAGCACGAAAUCGGGCCUCUGGAGACGUUCAAACAGGUUGGACAGCUGCUUUCCCAGGACAGAGAGGAAACUCAUGCAGCAGAAAAGUCCAGUGAGUGUCCUGUCCUGGUUCAACAAUUCAGAAAGUUCAGGGUCUAGUGGAUGACCUCUUGUGCUUUCAGGUGAUUAAAAAACAUACGAAAAGACUAUGGCUGGACAGAUACCAGAAUCUGAUCAGAUAAAACAGUUUAAAGAAUUUCUUGGAACCUACAAUAAACUUACAGAAACCUGCUUUUUGGAUUGCGUUAAAGAUUUCACGACAAGAGAAGUAAAGCCGGAAGAGACUACCUGUUCAGAACAUUGUUUACAGAAAUAUUUAAAAAUGACACAGAGAAUAUCCAUGAGAUUUCAGGAAUAUCAUAUUCAGCAGAAUGAAGCACUGGCAGCCAAAGCAGGACUCCUUGGGCAACCACGAUAGGGAAGUCCCGGAGGACGGACUUGCCGAUGAAAGAUGGUCAGCAAGUGUUGCCCUGAGACGGGGAUUCAGCUGCUAGAAUCCCUGAACGCAGUAGGAACCAUGACAAACCAUCCGUCAUGGCUGUCUAGCAGAUGAAAACCACUGGAGAAACAAAGAUGGCUGUUCACCGGGAGUAACUGAAAUAGAAGGUCUUAUUGUUCAGUGAAAAUAACAAGAUGCAACAUUUUGUUGAGGCCUUACAGCUCAGCAGCUUGGUCACUUGACUAGAAAAAUAAACCAUUGUUUCUUCAA